AUGAGUGUAUUUACAGAAAAGAAGAACACAGAUGAGCAGACUGGUUAUUAUGUCGGUAUCGAUGUCGGUACGGGAUCUGUAAGGGCAUGCGUAGUGGAUUCCUGCGGUAACAUGCUAUCACUAGUGGAGAAAUCCAUCAACAGAGAAGAGCUAAAGCCUAAUUUCAUCACACAAUCCACCAGGGAAAUUUGGCAGGCAUGUUGCUUCUGUGUAAAGACUGCAAUUGAGCAAUGUAAGGUAGAUAAAAGUUUAGUAUUAGGAAUUGGGUUCGAUGCAACCUGUUCCCUAGUCGCUAUAGAAAAAGGAACCGACAAACAAGUAGGUGUUGGUCCUAAUUUCGAAAACCGUGAUAUGAAUGUCAUACUUUGGAUGGAUCAUAGGGCAGUUAAGGAAGCAAAUGAAAUUAAUGCUACGAAUGACAAGUGUUUAAAGUACGUUGGUGGUGCUAUGUCAGUGGAGAUGGACAUUCCAAAAAUUAAGUGGUUAAAGAACAAUAUGGAUCCUAACAUGUUUAAGAAAUGUGAAUUUUUUGAAUUAGCAGACUAUCUGACUUUCAAAGCUACCGGGAAAAGAACAAGGUCGUUUUGUUCAGUCGUUUGUAAACAAGGAUUUUUACCCAAUGGGGUUGAAGGUUCUAGCGAAGGUUGGUCUAAAGAAUUUCUAAGCAGUAUUGGAUUAGAAGACUUAGCAGGAAACUCAUACGACAGCCUUGGUGGAGCCUUAAAAAAUGAUUCACAGGAUAAUUUCCAGUCUAGCGGUAAAUGUUUGGGACCUCUAAGCAACGAAGCUGUCAUUGAGUUAGGAUUGUCAGAAAAUUGUGUGGUUGGAGCUGGUAUAAUUGAUGCAUAUGCUGGCCUCAUUGGUACGAUUGCUGCAACAUCGGAGGGCUCCCAUCAAAUUAAGAAUGACUCUUCUAUCGGUUUACAAAACGCAAUAGGAAGAUUAGCAUCUGUUGCUGGUACUUCAACAUGUCACCUUUUGCUAUCAAAGGAUCCCGUGUUUGUUCCAGGAGUUUGGGGCCCAUAUAGGGAUGUUGUUGCCGAUGGAUACUGGUGUGCAGAAGGUGGACAAACGUGUACCGGUGAAUUGUUAUCGUACGUAUUAAGCAUACAUCCAGCUUUCAAAGAGUUAAUCAACGCAUCUGGGGUCGCAAAAAUAGAUAAAUUUCAAUAUCUAAACAAUAUGUUAGAUGAACUAACUAUAAAACACAAAGUGAACUCAAAAUUGCAAUUGGCAAAACAUAUAUUCUUUUAUGGGGAUUAUCGUGGUAAUAGAUCACCCUAUGCCGACCCAAUGAUGUCAGCGGCAAUAAUUGGGCAAUCUAUGAAUCAUAAUUUAGAAAAUUUGGCUGUUACGUAUUUAGCAGCAUGUGAGUUUAUUGCUCAGCAGACGAGACAAAUCGUUGAAACCAUUCGAAAAGCGGGUACUCAUGUUUCUUAUAUCUAUAUGUCUGGUGGCCAGUGUCGAAAUAAAUUGCUUAUGAAAUUACUCUCAGAUUGCACUGGUUUACCAAUUAUGCUUCCAAAAUAUGUUGAUGCUGCCGUGGUUUUUGGUGCUGCCAUUUUGGGUGCCACUGCAGAUGCAUCUAGGAAAAGCGUUGAGAUAGAAUGUGAUUUUGGUUUUAUGUUGUGGGAGACAAUGGACAGGAUGACUCCACAUGGUACAUUACUUGAGCCAAACGAUGUGAAUCAUCCCGAUCGCAAACUACUAGAUGUGAAGUACCAAAUCUUUUUGGAUAUGGCUGAAACUCAGAGAAAGUAUAGACAAAUGGUCGAUGACAUUGAUAUUUGA